UGCAUUAAGUAUUCUUUCUAAGAAACCUGAUGAAUGAAUUUGUGGUACCUCAAGUAAUUGCUAUAACAGCAAUCUAGAUGUUCUUAGACACUUAAUUCUCUAUUUAUAACAUCCAAAUACGUGAUGUAUAUGCCUAUGUUUUAUGUUUUGAAGUAAUUUAUCAUGAAUUGUUGAUUUUUUGUAAUGGUUACUUUUUUAUUCCAGGAUAACAACAUCACUCUCAAAUGACAUUUAUGGAGAACACGUCUGAAGUGAAUGAGUUCAUCCUUACAGGAUUAACAGAUGACCCAGGGCUUUAUAUUCCUCUUUUCAUAAUGUUCACCCUCAUCUAUCUCAUCACCCUGGUAGGGAAUCUGGGGAUAGUAGCUCUUAUCUCCUGGGAUUCCUGCCUCCAUACUCCUAUGUACUUUUUCCUCAGGAAUCUAUCUCUAGUAGAUUUUGGUCUUUCCUCCACCAUUAUUCCCAAGGUGAUGACUGGGCUCCUCACUGGGGACAUGGUCAUCUCUUAUAAUGGAUGUGCUACUCAGAUGUUCUUUUUUGGGGGCUUUGCUGCUAUUGAAAGUUACAUGUUAGCCUUCAUGGCCUAUGAUCGUCAUGCCGCUGUGUGUAGACCCCUACAUUAUAAUACUAUCAUGACUUCAAAAAUGUGUGCAUAUAUGAUUAGUGGGGGUCACAUCUGGGGACUUAUGUCAUCUUCCAUCUUUAUAGGAAGUAUUUUUAGUCUUUCCUUCUGUAGAUCCAAUGUAGUCCAUCACUUUUUCUGUGAUAGUCCCCCUCUCUUAGUUCUCUCUUGCUCUGAAAUUCACAUCACUGAAUCAAUACUCUUCAUCUUAGGUUCAUUAAAUAUAUCCUUCCCAUUUCUUGUCAUCUUUUUCUCUUACUUGUUCAUCUUCAUCACUGUACUGAAGAUCCAUUCUGCUGAUGGGCGCCAGAAAGCUUUCUCCACCUGUGCUUCCCAUCUCACAGCAGUGUUCAUAUUUUAUGGGACAAUCAUCUUUAUGUACUUCCGACCCACCUCAACCCAUUCAAUGGACUCAGACAAAAUGGCAUCAGUAUUCUACACCAUGGUUAUCCCUAUGUUAAAUCCAAUCAUCUAUAGUUUGAGAAACAAAGAAGUUAAGAAUUCUUUCAGAAAAGCUAUGAGAGGGCAACAACUUCAAUUUGAUCAUUCUUUUUAAUUGGAUAAAAAAUAAAUUUCCAGCUUCCUCCCUCUGUGUUCCAGCCCCCAUUAUGUCUAUUUUUC